AUGUUUUUUUCAUGUGUAGACUGAAAUGUGAUCCCGGAUCUGUGUGUGGUUCACUGGUGUGUGUGACAUGUGUCACAUGAUGUCGGAAACGUGUGUGGUCUUCUUCAAUGACCCCACACACGCUAAGAAAGGGUCAGAGUGUGUGUGUGCGUGUGCGUGUGUGUAUGUGUGUGUGUUCCACAGCUGGUUGUGUUCAUGCAGUGGAUUGUGCGGCAAGCGUCACGUUUCACUUGCUGCCUGAUAUGUGAUAGCAGCAUUGUGUGUCAGGUCUUGUUACACGUAAACACACACACACACAUAGAAACACACACACACAUAGAAACACACACACACACAUAAAAACACACACACACACAGAAACACACCGAGUGACGGAGGCAAAGUGCGACUAAAGGCCGGUGAAGCAGUGACAUCUUUGAGGUGAGGCGGGUCAAGAAGAAGAAGAACUGAAUGUGUGCCCUGGACUGUGUGGGAGAGACCAGAGUCCUCCGGGCAGGACCGACCUUCUGACCUUCUGACCUUCUGGAUGUGGACCAGGCCGGCCCAAAGCUGCAGAGAUGAGGAAGGCGGCACUGAUGGUUUGGAUCUGCCUUCAGGUGCAAGCGUGCGCGGGGGCGGGGGGGCAGCACGCACGCCAGCUGCUCAGCGACCUGAUGGAGGACUACUCCAACGCUCUCAGACCCGUGGAGGACACGGACGCUGCCCUCAACGUCUCCCUGCAGAUCACCCUCUCUCAGAUUAAAGACAUGGACGAGAGGAACCAGGUGCUGACCACCUACCUGUGGAUCAGACAGGUGUGGCACGAUGCCAACCUGAAGUGGCACAAGGAGGACUACGAUGAUCUGGAGAUGAUCAACAUCCCCAGCGAGCUGGUGUGGAAGCCAGACAUUGUCCUCUACAACAAAGCAGACGAGGAGUCGUCGGGCACGUCCAACACCAACGUGAAACUGCGCUACAACGGCGAGAUCGUCUGGGACUCCCCGGCCAUCACCAAAAGUACGUGCGUGGUGGACGUGUCUUAUUUCCCUUUCGACUGGCAGCAGUGCAACCUCACCUUCGGCUCCUGGACCUACAACGGGAACCAGGUGGACAUCAGCCUGGGGAUGGACAGCGGCGACCUGUCGGACUUUGUGGAGAACGUGGAGUGGGAGUGUCACGGCAUGCCGGCGGUGAGGAACGUGAUGAUGUACGGGUGUUGCUCCGACCCUUACACCGAGGUCACCUACACCUUGCUGCUGAAGCGCCGCUCCUCCUUCUACAUCUUCAACCUGCUCCUGCCCUGCUUCCUCAUCUCCUUCCUGGCGCCGCUGGGCUUCUACCUGCCCGCCGACUCGGGGGAGAAGGUGUCGCUGGGCGUGACCGUGCUGCUGGCGCUCACCGUCUUCCAGCUGCUGGUGGCCGAGAGCAUGCCGCCGGCCGAGAGCAUGCCUUACAUCGGAAAGUAUUACAUCGCCACCAUGACCAUGAUCACAGCUUCCACGUCGCUCACCAUCUUCAUCAUGAACAUUCAUUUCUGCGGCGCCGAGGCCAAGCCGGUCCCUCGCUGGGCCAAAGUCCUCAUCAUAGACUACAUGUCCAAAAUCUUCUUCGUCUACGAGGUGGGGGAGAACUGCACCACUCCGGAGUGCCAGGAGAAGCCGCUGCACCCUGACGACGCCGUGAGUCACGUGACCUCCGACCUCCACGACCGUGACGGCAGGCACCGGGACUACAAGGACCACGGCUCUCGCCAGAAGCGGGCCGAGGGGAACCGAGGGACUGGCCGGCACUACCACCACCACCACAUCACCAGAGAGGAGCUGGACUACCAGGCCGCUCCUCAUCCUCUGAACCUGCACUUGAAUGGAGAACUGAAGGAUCAGGUCCUGGGUCCUGAGGACCAAGAUCUGACCCCCUCCUGUCCCUGCAGCUGUCCCUGCCUUCAACAUAACCAGGUGGUGAAGAACAUCCAGUACAUGGCCAACUGCUUCCGAGAGCAGCGGGCCACUUGUGUCAAGGCAGCAGAGUGGAAGAAGGUUGCCAAGGUGAUGGACCGAUUCUUCAUGUGGAUCUUCUUCAUCAUGGUCUUCCUCAUGAGCGUCCUCAUUAUCGCCAAGGCCUCGUGACGUCCGCCUUCUUCUAUCGAGUUUCUUGUUUCCCCUCCAACACUAAUCCUCCAUUAUCUCUGGACAUCCGAGUCACCUAAUUGCCAUCUUAGAGGUGGAAGGAAUCUUCACACCUAUUGUGUGAAGGUGUGUCAGGUGUCACCGUUGUGCUGUCAAUCAUUAUUGAUCAACUGCACAGGCAGGAGGAUCUCUCAAGUUGGAUCACCAAAGUGAAGUCACUCUUGAUGUACCGGAUUUCCUCCAAUUUCCUCGCUAAUUCAUUUAAAACCUCUUCCCACUCCGGCGUUUACCAAAGGCAUGCGGUAAAUUUAGGCCUGCGCUUAUAAAUUUGAGUGUGAUGUAAGGAUAACAUCAUGAAAAGCACAUUUAAUUGAAAAAAAAAAACGUUAUUAUGGUCUUACCUUUACUUAUAAAUGAAGUCCAUGCGCAGCUCCUUCUGAUCAAAAGCAUCGAUAACUUGUUUAUAGAAGUCUUCCUUAUCUUUCUUCAGUUUUAAAAGUCUCUCUGUCUCCAUGGAGAUCUUCCUUUAUUACCUCCUGCUUCCA